AUUGUUGUAUUACAUAUUAAUUGUUGUAAUCGUAUAUUUGUUGCUUUAGAAUUAUGGAUGUAUUUGAAAAAAAAAAAUAGUGGAGCAAGUGGUGGGCAUGUUACUAGUCACUUUUACUACAAAAACGCCUGUUUUUUUCCAUGAGAUCUGAUACAAACUGUAAGACAGUGCAGUUUGUGGUAUGGGAAGCUAGUUCUUCAAGUUGUGAUCACAUAGAAAUGAAAAGGGAAGAAGGUGUUGUUUGUUUGGUGGCUUUAUUCAGAUUCUGGGCUUAUGCAACUGCUUUGCUUACACCUAAUGGUGUCAACUAUGAAGUGCUGGCUUUGAUGGAUAUAAAGAAGUCAUUGAGUGAUCCUCAUGGAGUUCUGAAUUGGGAUGAAAACUCUGUUGAUCCUUGUGGAUGGACUAUGGUUUGUUGUUCCCAUGAUAAUCUAGUCAUUACACUAGCUAUUCCAAGCCAGAGCUUAUCGGGGACGAUAUCACGUAGCAUAGGGAAUUUGACACACCUCACAAGUGUGCUCUUGCAGGAUAAUAAUAUAUCAGGACCAAUACCUCCUGAGUUGGGAAAACUCCCAAAGCUUCAAGAACUUGAUCUUUCAGAUAACUUGCUUACAGGAGAAAUACCUCCUUCUUUAUCUCAACUGAAAAACCUGCAGUACAUGAGGUUAAACAAUAAUAAGCUGACUGGAGCCAUUCCUUUAGCUUUGGGCAACUUGACUCAGCUGACUUUCCUGGACUUGUCGUUCAAUAAUUUGAGCGGCCCGGUGCCAAGACUUGCAGCCAAAACGUUCGAUGUUUUAGGAAAUCCUAUGAUUUGUGCAACUGGCAAAGAGCCAGACUGCAAAGGAACAGCUCCAAUGCCCCUCUCUUUGUCUCAAAAUAUUUCACAAAAUCCACAGUCAUCAGGAAAGCCAAAUAGUCACAAAAGAGUUGCUUUAGCAUUUGGCACAAGCCUUGGCUGCAUCUGUCUGCUGAUUCUUGGGUUUGGUUUUCUGCUCUGGUGGAGGCACAAGCACAACCAGCAGAUAUUUUUCGACGUUAAUGAACAACAUCAUGAAGAAGUGUGCCUAGGAAACUUAAGAAGGUUCCAGUUCAGAGAACUCCAGAUUGCAACACACAACUUCAGCAGCAAGAAUAUUCUUGGUAAGGGUGGCUUUGGAAAUGUCUACAAAGGUUAUCUCCACGAUGGGACAGUUGUAGCAGUAAAGAGGCUCAAGGAUGGAAGUAACAUUGGAGGGGAGAUACAGUUCCAGACUGAAGUCGAGAUGAUCAGCCUAGCAGUGCACAGAAACCUCCUCCGUCUAUACGGAUUCUGCAUAACUCCAACUGAAAGACUCUUAAUUUAUCCCUAUAUGUCUAAUGGAAGCGUUGCUUCGCGCCUUAAAGCCAAACCACCAUUGGAUUGGUCUACGAGGAAACGAAUAGCCUUGGGAGCAGCAAGGGGUUUGUUGUACCUACAUGAGCAGUGUGAUCCGAAGAUCAUUCACAGGGACGUGAAGGCGGCAAAUAUAUUGCUUGAUGAUUACUGUGAAGCAGUGGUGGGAGAUUUUGGAUUAGCAAAGCUUCUUGAUCACCGAGACUCACAUGUUACAACAGCUGUUCGUGGCACUGUGGGGCAUAUAGCGCCUGAGUAUUUGUCCACAGGCCAGUCCUCAGAGAAAACGGAUGUUUUCGGGUUUGGAAUUCUGCUGCUAGAACUCAUAACUGGUCAGAGGGCUCUAGAAUUCGGCAAAGCAGCUAACCAGAAAGGAGCUAUGCUUGAUUGGGUGAAGAAAAUUCAUCAAGAGAAGAAGCUUGAUGUGCUAGUUGACAAGAAUUUCAGGAAUAACUAUGAUCCCGUUGAGCUUGAGGAAAUGGUGCAGGUAGCUUUGCUGUGCACCCAAUUCCUUCCCAUUCAUAGGCCGAAAAUGUCUGAAGUCGUUCGGAUGCUUGAAGGAGACGGGCUUGCAGAAAAAUGGGAAGCUUCACAAAGAGCAGAGGCCACCAGGUGCAGAGCAAAUGAAUUCUCCUCGUCAGGCAGAUACUCCGAUCUUACCGAUGACUCUUCAUUGCUUGUCCAAGCAAUGGAACUCUCAGGUCCUAGAUGAUCGUAUAUUUCCCAAUGGAAGAGCCAGAAACAGCAUAAAUUUACAGCCACCAAAACACAAGAAGUCCUACGAAACAAUGUGUAUAGCAGUUUGAUUGGAGUGCACUGGACUUUGUCAUGACUGUACAGAUUCAGUUUUGAGAAACCAACUUUUUAGGCUGCAAGGCUUCUUUAUAAGUGGAUUAUGUUGAAUAAGGAUUUCUUAGAGGUUGUAAGUUGUACCAAUAAUGUUCUUGAUAUUGAGUUGAGGCUUUUCAGUUUGGCUAAAGGUAUGCGAAAAAGGUGAUUUUUUCUUUC